AUGGCUAUGGUAAAAGCCGCACAAAAUGUAGUUUUUUCAUGUAUGGCUUCAUCGGCCACAUCUGGAGAAAGCAUUGCUACGCAAAUUCUAGCUUCGAUGAGAAGUGAUGUUGAAAACGUCGAAGAGAAAGCUUUGCGCCCUUACAAGAUCGUUCUGGAAAUAGCAGACGUUACGAGGAGAGAAAUGGCUACAAUGAAUAUCCAAAGUUUAUUGCAAGAUAUGGUUGAACAGUGUGCUCUCCUAGAUCUGUAUCGUUCUAAAGUACAAGAAUUGAAAUUCGAGCUAAAAGACAAAGAUAAGGUUAUAGAGGAAAUCAAACGAACUAUGGAACAAAAUAAUGUAAAUCGUGCCGUUCCUGACACAGCUCUGAAAAUUGCAGCCAUCGUAGAAAGUGAAGAGGAAGACUCUGUGGUACUGGCUUCUUUACUCAAAGAUUUAAUUCGAAAUCGAGGAACACCAGUUAAGAGAUGGUCGGAUGCAACAAAAUCUCUGUUCGCUAUCAUUCUUGAUUAUGGAGGUCCGGCUCUUGCCAGAAUUGUUCAAGAAAAAAUCGGCGGCCCAAGCCUUCAAACCAUGUACCGCACUGCCAGAUCUAAUUACGCUAUUCCGAGUAAAUUAGAGGAGCAAGCCCUGAGACACGCGAGGUCAUUCUACGAUACCAUUGGUUAUAAUGGAGUUUUUGCACUAGCUGUGGACGCAACUGCAGUCGUUCCCACCAUGAGAGUUAAGGGAAAUAAAAUAAUUGGAUUGGCAACAGAACGCGAUGUUAUAGUUAGCUCUGCUCAAGAUAUACUAAAUGUUGUGAAAAAUAGGGAAUACGAGUUGGCCAAACAAGCAAACGCAUUUAUCUUGGCACCACUGCAGGAUCACGUUCCUUCUUUCGUACUGGCUGUUGGUCCAGUUAUUAAAGGUCAAGAUCAUACACUUAUCAGACAUUGGUGUAACCAAGCUACUCUGUGGGGUGCCCGCAAUAAAAUAACAAUUGUUGGACUUGGGGCGGACGGCGACUCUAAAUUCAGGAAAUACUAUGUUGAACGCUUCAAAAAAACCCUAGAAGAAAGAAAUGAUAUCAUCGGUUUGAAUUAUGACUCAUUUGAUUUCAACAUUGUAGUGGAAAAUUUUCACGGCUUGGGCGUCGAUAAUCCUGUCCCGACUCUUAUGUUUCCAGACUGGAGACAUCUUGUUAAGAAAUGGGGAAAUCAGUUACUUAACGUAAAGCGCAUUCUCAUUAUUGGCAGCGGCGUCGCUCAAAUAGAACAUUUGAUGAAGGUCUUUGAGAAUGACAGAAUUCGGUCAGGUUUAUGGAAAAGCGACGUUUUUGUCAAAGAUAAACAGAAUGUUGACGCUGCCAUGAGAAUAAUGAAAACAGAAGUAAGAGUUUGCAUGAAGGACUGGAGUGACUCAGAAACUAUUGGAACUAGAACCUAUUUAAAAAUGGGGCACUACAUGUUACAGUCAUUCACUGAAAAAGACUUGACUGUGCGCGAGCGCGCGAAGCUUGCAUGGGCACCCGUAACUUUCUUGCGAUAUUGGAGAGUGUGGCUGCAAAUUUUGAACUACGAUGUCGAAAAGCAUUUCAUCUCUCAGCAAACCUUUGAAGACACAAUCCUCGCCGCACAUGGCCUUAUACUCGCAAUGAAAAUGUUUUCCGUGUACUACCCCAACCACCAAUUUCACCCUUGGGCAUUCGGAUCACAACGUUGCGAGGAUUUCUUUGCAAAAUUGCGCUGCUUUUGCAGAGGAAAGCCAAACCUUACACUGCUGGACAUGAUCGACCUUUCCAGUAGAGUUCAAAAGUUAGAAGAACUUAAAUCGCGCGGCGUCAAUCCAGACAUUCAACCACCGAAUUGGCCUCAGGACAUUGACGUGGAACUCAAAGAAGGAAUGAUGAUGGCAGAGAGAGAGGUUCUAAAAACACUGCAACUGAUGGGAAUGCUACCAGCUUUGGUAAAGGGUAACAUCCUUAAAGAAGAUGGUGACGACAUAAUUUGCCUUAAUACACCAGGCUUAGGAACCUUUGCAGUAUGGGAAUCUCCUGAUGAGAACGAGGUAAUUGCCAGCGACGAGCUCCUUGACUUGGAGAGCGAAGUACUUCUAACAGCAAUCGAAGAACAUUGUACUUCUUCCUCCAAUGCCUUAAUUGAUUUGGCUGCAGCAACUUGUUUACAUCAGUCUGAACAGGUAGAGUCGGAAGAGGAAGACGAAGAUAGCCCUACUCACUGCGCGUUGUACAAGGAAAAUAAAUGCAAGUAUAAUAAUUCAACAUUCAAACCUCCAAAAAAAACAUUGUGGGUAGGUUGCAAUUAUCCUUGUUGUAAUGCAUGGUAUCACGAACAGUGCCUUUCCCUUCAGUUCGCAGGAGAUAAGGAAAGAGAAGAUUACACCCUCAUCUGUCCCAAGCACAAGGACAUUAAAGAGCACUUUCGUAACAAAGUAACAGCUUUGUCAACGGGCACAAAUUCGUUGUCAGACGAAAACAUAAGCCUACAGCCUAUGCCGAAACGAUUGCGGUUAAACAAGAAAAGUAAUGUGCCACGGACAAUUGAUUAUUCUAUCCGUCCAAAUUACGUGGAGUAUGAGGGUCAAUUCUAUCACAUUGCCGAAUUUCUGUCCUUACAGGAGGGCAAAGUAUACCGUCCAGCCACUUCACGAUUAGCACGAUGGAUGGAAUCAGCCAGAAAUGAUUUUUACGAGCAAGUGGAAAAGCUUUUUGCGCCUCAACGGGUUGAAACUGGGACUUACCUCAGUGAUAUUGUUGCAUUGUGGUUACCGUCAGAGGGACUGCAUGUUGGACUUGUCAUCAGAAUUGUUCGGUCACCUUCCUUGAAGUCGAACUUUCCUGUUUUUGAGUGGCGUUCCGAUUCACAGAAAUCUGAAAAGGUUACUAUUUGUUUUCGAGUACUUAACUUUCUGAAGGAAGAUUCUGCUGCUUGGAAGUUAGAAACCACUAACAACUUUCGCUGGUGUCAUGUUCGUUCAAUUUUAAAAGUGGUCGGAAAAGUAAGUAUAACACAACCAGUAUGGCCAGUCCAUGUGGACUUGAGAGAUGUUUUAAAGGAUUUGCCACGUUUGCAGCUGAUGGACAAAGAAAGAGAGAGGAAAGAAGAGAUCGAAAAAAGAGAAGAAAGGAAAAGGAUGAAGGAAGGCAACCCAGAAUGUAUGACUUUUCAAUUGUUGAGAGAGGUGCUAGAAGAAAUGGGCGAACCUUACAGCAAAAGCUGGAAAAAAACACAACUGAUACAAAGGGUUAGAGCUGCAAGGGAAAAACGCAAUUCUACAGCGUGUCUUAUUUCCUCGGCAACCACCAUGACAAGUACUGCAAGUCAACCACACACAGGACCCAGUGGAAACGUUUUUAGGAAUUCUGCAGGUCACCUGAGCACAGGUCCCAGAAGCGAGUUUACUGCGCAACUGACAAUCUCCCAUUCUUCAAAGGAGCAGGUUUCAGCGACUAAUGGACAUUCAUCGUUUCCCCGAAAGCGUUCAGUUGCAGGAUCGGUAACUGUUCUUUACUAUUAUGACGAGGAGAAGGAGAGAAUCAUUCAUUUGCUCUUGCACAUACUUUUUAUAUUUGACCUGAUCAACAUUUAUAUGGACAACAUAACUUAUUAUUAUGUGAUUGCUGCACUUAUGUCAAUUAAUGCUUUUCUU